AGAUUAUACACAGAGAUAUGUCUAAAGGUCAACAUAAAGUUCUGUUAUCGAAAGACGACCUCGUCUUUUUAUCCAAACGUGACGUUCAAAAAGGAUCUAAGAUAAUGAAUGGUAACAGUAAUCUGAUAGACAGACCAGAUCUGAUAAAAGACUCCAGUGGCAGAACAGCAACAAAUAGGUCAAUGGUUAGUCUCCAUGAAUAUGCUGAUAUAACGGAUACAGCAAGAUAUAAUGGCGAUUUGGUUCAUGUUAAAGAACUAAAUAUUAAAAACUUUGAAAUGAAAAGUAAGGUGCUACAGGUCAUAAAAACGCUAAAAGAUGUACGGCAUGAAAACGUGAAUUUAUUUGUUGGUUUCUAUGACGACCAGCAUGUUCCAGCAAUAAUAACAGAUUUUUGCAGCAGAGGUAGUCUUGAGGAUGUUCUCAAAAAUCAUGAUAUAAAGCUUGACUGGGACUUCAAGGUCUCAUUACUUACAGAUCUCAUAAGGGGUGUCAGAUAUAUACAUAACAGUUCCGUGCGGUGGCAUGGAAAUCUUAAAUGUCGCAACUGUUUGAUAGACAGUCGAUGGGUACUCAAGGUGUCGGAUUUCGGGCUUCCAAGCUUCUAUGGUGCUAUUAAAUAUACUCCAAAACAUAAAGACAAAGAUCUGUUGUGCAUGGCACCAGAACAUCUUCGAGAUCAGGUUCCUGGGCUUAAAGGCUCAGAAAAAGGAGAUGUUUACAGUAUAUCUAUCAUUAUGCAGUGUGUCGUCCUAAGAUCAGAACCCUACAGUACUUCCGGAUUGACGCCUACUGAAAUUUUACAAAAGUUGAAACAUCCUCCGCCAUUACUUCGACCAUCAGUUAGUCAUGGUACAGCGCCACCGCAGUAUAUACAACUGAUGAAAGUUUGCUGGACGGAGAAUCCGGAAAUGCGGCCCGGAAUGGAAGAGAUUUAUCAACAGUUCAAAACCUUUACCGGCGGGAAAAAAAUGAACAUAGUCGACACCAUGUUCCGGAUGUUAGAGAAAUACUCAACCGAUUUAGAAGACCUAGUAAAAGACCGAACACUUCAACUAGAGGAGGAAAAGAAGAAAACCGAGCUUCUUUUAUAUCGAAUGCUUCCAAGAAUUGUAGCAGAUAGCUUGAAAUGUGGACGUAACGUAGAGGCUGAACAGUUUUCUGAAGUUACAAUAUACUUUUCCGACAUUGUCGGAUUUACAACAAUUUCUGCCAACAGUACUCCUAUGCAAGUGGUCGACCUUCUGAAUGAUCUAUAUACGAUGUUUGAUGCAACUAUUAAUGCAUAUGACGUUUAUAAAGUUGAGACAAUAGGAGAUGCAUAUAUGGUUUGCAGUGGUUUACCGAUAAGGAACGGUAAUCGGCAUGCCGGCGAAAUCUCAACAAUGGCGUUAGAUCUUCUUUCACAAUGCGGAAAUUUCACAAUAAAACAUAUGCCGGAAGUGCCUCUCAGGGUUAGAAUUGGACUUCAUUCAGGGCCAGCGGUGGCUGGAGUUGUUGGUCUUACUAUGCCGAGAUAUUGUUUAUUUGGUGAUACUGUAAAUACUGCUUCGAGGAUGGAAUCUACCGGUGCAGCAUAUCGAAUACAUAUCAGUGAAACUGUUAAAACAAUACUUGAUCUACUUGGUGGUUAUCAAACUGAAUAUCGAGGCGAAGUUGAGCUGAAGGGAAAAGGCAUGGCCAAGACGUUCUGGUUGAUUGGAAAAGAUCAGUUCAAGAAAGAUCUACCCGAUCCUCCGCCUCUAUCUAAUUUGUCAAUUGACGAAUUUAAAGCUGGUGCUAAGAAGGGAAAACUGGAUCCUAGCAAAUUUACAAAACGUGUGUCAACUGUUUCGUCUCCAAUGUUUCGCUCAAGUACACCACCAGUACUUGUUGACAAUAUAAACAAUCACAAGCCGUCCGAACAACGGGUAAUAAACUCAAUUAUACACGUGAGUCCUACACCAAAUAGCCAUUCUGGUAAUCUUAACGAAAUGUCAAAAGAUAUUGAUGGAACAGAAAAUGACGUUAAUGAAUUAUUAGAGGCAAAAGAGCAAAUUUUAAGCAAUAUCGAUGAGGUUAUGAAUCCGACAAAAUCAGGAGCACAUACAGAUAAUCUUAACAACAAGUAUGUGUACACUGAUCAUGUUUCAAGCAAGCAACAGACUAUCAACGACAAUAAUAAAGAUGUAUGCAACAAUCAUGAGAUAAGUGUGAAUGUUAAUAGUAACCUCUGUUUACAAAAUGAUAGUGAACUGAACGACAACGAUGAUCAAUCUAAAUCGUGCGUUAUAACUAACAAUGUUAAUGACAAACAUGUGACAUUUAAAAAACUAUCACUGGAUAAAAGUGUUUCUAAUUCAUUGAAUGAAGAGAAUGAAUAUAUCAUUACAGACAUAAAAGUAAAUGAUAUCAAAACUUCAUGUGAUAUUCAUGAUAAUAACUUGAUCUCACCAAGAAGGAAUAUCGGUGAAAGCAAAACAAGGAAAACAAAUUCACCACGUACAAAAAUGUAUGCAGGAUCAAACCAAAACAGAUCUAGAAACUCAAAUGAAACAAAUAGUGGAUCUAAAAGAAGACGCCCUAGUUUUCAAGAGAGUCUUGUUUAAAUCACAAUUUGAUUACAAGACUCCAUGAACACUUUAAACCAGGACAUUGUCUGAAUUCAAGGUGCUGUUUCACAAUCUACGCAUGUUGUAUAAUCUCUAUUUUUUUCAUUUCAUGACAAAACGAUUGGGAGAAUCUUUCUGUUUUUGUUAGCGUAAGGUCUAUUGCUCUUUAGGCUGUCUUGGUUUAAGGGUAACAUUAUAUGACACAAUGACCUACAAUAAGUUAAAACUUACCACGAUUUAUAUCUUACAUGCCCUUGUCGUUUUUUAAUUCGAUAUAGUCAAAAUCAUAAUUUGUUUAUAGAAAGAAUUUCAAAACUAACUACUGAAUAAAUAGUUGGCUAUGGAUACCAUGGAUACAUGUUGAUGACACAUACGUGUAUGUGCCGGCUUAUCUUGGUCUGCAUAGGUCAAACGGGUUACUAUAAAAAAACACACACACACAAUAGAAAAACAAUAGCAUUAUA